AUGUGGAAACAUUCAUUCAGGCUUUUUAGGACUAUAAAUAGCCUGAGAAUCUCUCCAACCUCUUCAAAGAGAAUAAGAUCAACGCUUGAGAAGGCCACAUUUACGGCUAUUGGUGUAUUAUUAUAUCACAGUCUAGCUCCUUCUAAAGUUGAGUUAGGAUCAGAUUAUUUCACUAAGUAUAGGAUAUCUAAAAAGAAAACCAUCGAUGAAGACCACUUUUUCUUAGAGCUCUCUCCUUUGAUAUCUCAAAAAGUGAACUUAUGGUCGACUUUCGGGUCAAGUAAGUUAUGGUCUGUUCAAAUCAAGCAACCUGAAAUAAUGGUGGUCAGAAAUUAUACUCCUCUUCCGCUGAAAUUAAACGAUGAUGACGAAAUUGAAGUUCUUAAAGAUGGUGAAAACUGUGAUGGUAGACUUCUGUUUUAUAUUAAACAGUACAAGAAUGGUGAAGUCGCUAGAUGGUUGCAUAACCUGCCUGUGGGGCAGGUGGUUGAAUUGCGCGGUCCCUACGUGGACUAUGAAUUUCCCAAUGCUGAAUCGGACACAAAGAGAGGCAGGGAAUUUUUAUGGAAGAGUACAGAAUCUUCUGAGACUGAGAAAUUUCGUUAUCAACCCUUUGAUUUGUCGAUGUUCACCGCGGGGACUGGCAUUGUAACUGCUUUACAACUUCUCCUGACGGAAUCACCAUUUCGCGGUGAAAUACUGCUGUUCCACUCUUGCAGGGAAAAAUCAGAGCUUGGUCCUUUAUUACCUCUGUUGAAGAGAUUACAAGAGCAUGACCGAGUAAAACUCUAUUUAUUUGAAUCUUCAAAGGGCUGCGAUAUAAGGCAGCAAAUCAAAAAUGUGAAGGAAAUGAUUCCUGAACCCUCCGAAUACGUGCCAAAUUUGCCAUUUUUGAAGCCCGGAUCUGAUACUAUAAUCAAGCCUGUCUUAUCCUUGGUUUGUGGCCCAGACAGCUAUAUCAGCACAAUUGCAGGUGAUAAGUACGACUUGAGUCAGGGCCCCAUCAAAGGUCUUCUGGGCGAAAAAGGAUGGACUAAUUCAAAUGUUUACAAAUUGUCAUAA